UCCAAACAGAGCGCUUCACUUCGUUAUGUUCAGAUUGAGACGAGGAAAACAAGACACACUCCAUACCAACGCUACUGAGUUUAUAUCUGUUAUCAAGUGCGCGAGGUACGGGAUUUAAGGAAUUAAGCUUCACUUUGGAGAUUCGGUCCAGUCUGAAGAGUUUUUGUGGAAUUUUUUGCGUCUGGUGAAGUCUGAGGAUGCGCGUCUCGAUCCUGCUGCUUCUCUGCGCUCUUUACGCAGGAGACGCGCACAAGCUAUCCGCGCUCACGUUUCUGCGUGUUGAACAGGAUAAAGAAUGCAACACGGAUUGUUCUGGAGCUCCUCGCAAGCCGCUGUGUGCAUCAGAUGGACGAACCUUCAGUUCCCGCUGCGAGUUCCUCCGCGCCAAGUGCCGUGACUCUCAGCUGGAGGUCAUUCGAGGGCCAUGCAAAGAUACAUCUAGGUGUGUGGCAGAAAAGAAGUACACAGAGCAACAGGCCAAGAAACUCUUUCCACAGGUGUUUGUUCCUGUCUGCAAUCCAGAUGGAACCUACAGUGAGGUUCAAUGCCACAGUUACACUGGUUAUUGUUGGUGUGUAACACCAAAUGGCAGGCCAAUCAGUGGCUCAGCAGUAGCCAACAAGAAACCUCGAUGCCAAGGGUCCAAAAUUGAUAAGGUAAAUCCAAGGGAACCAGGAAAAUCAGUUUCCUUGCAAAUCUUCUCCAUUCUAAAUGCAGAUGAAUUGGCUACUCCCAUAGUGGAACCCCAGCCGUCUGCCGAUGAGGAAGACAUCAUCUCCCAGUACCCUACACUGUGGACAGAACAGGUCCGCAGCCGGCAAAACAGGACAAGAACACAAUCGACCUCAUGCGAUCAGGAGCAGUUGUCGGCGCAGGAAGAGGCAAGACAACAUAAAAACGAAGCAGUUUUUGUGCCCGAUUGCGCUCAUGGUGGCCUCUACAAACCUGUCCAGUGCCAUCCCUCUACUGGGUACUGCUGGUGUGUCCUAGUGGAUACUGGGCGGCCCAUUCCUGGCACAUCCACCAGAUACGAACAACCAAAAUGUGAUGGAAAUGCCAGAGCACAUCCCACCAAACCAAAGGACCAUUACAGGAGCAGACACCUGCAGGGAUGUCCUGGGGAAAAGAAGACAGAAUUUCUGACGAGCAUACUGGACGCAUUGUCCACGGACAUGGUCCAUGCAGUAACUGACCCGGCGGCUGCUGGCAGGAUGUUGGAGCCUGACCCCAGUCACACUCUAGAAGAACGAGUUGUUCACUGGUAUUUCAGCCAGCUUGACAAAAAUUCAAGCGGUGACAUUGGAAAGAAAGAAAUCAAACCAUUCAAACGGUUACUGCGCAAGAAAUCUAAACCAAAAAAGUGUGUAAAGAAGUUUGUGGAGUACUGCGACAUCAGUAAUGAUAAGGCCCUGUCACUGCAAGAACUGAUGGGCUGUUUGGGGGUCACUAAGGAAGAAGGGGCAAAAGCAGGUGAAGGCACAACCUCUAGUAAACUGAACCUGGCAAAGAAACAAGGCUGAAGUCGCCUCUGAGAUCGGAUUGCACCAGCUCUUGUCCCGCAGACCACACUCUCACCAAAACGACAACGGAAACCAUAGUCUUUGCACUUUGUACUUUAAAACAAUGUAAAUUCACUUUGUAGAAAAAAAGGUAUUUAAACAGACUGCUGAAUAUUUGAAUGAUAUAGUUAGCAUUUGUAUGUCCUUAAAACAACAGCAAAAAUAGUAAUAAUAAUAAUUAACACAUACAAUGUAUGUGUCCUUUGUGCACUCGAAAAAAAUAUUUUUGCCUAGAAUUACACAUUUCAGUUUCAUAACAAAACUCCUUUAAAUUAAAUUGUGUCAAGUUUAAUAAAAUUAAAUUAAGAAAAUAUUUAUGUUUUUUAUUUUAUUUUAUUAAAGACUACUCAAUUCAGUUUGAUGGAAUUUUGUAAUGACAUUGAAAUGUGUAAACCUUAAAAUAAUUUUUUUGAGUGAGAGUCUAAAAUAAGUAUACUUUUCUAACUUGUACAAGUUGUAUGACAUGUUGCAUUUGUUAAGGCCAUCUUUGUUGUUCUGUUACAUAUUUUGUUUGUCUUUUCAUUUGCUAAUAUCUGAAUAGUUUGUAAUGUAUCUAAACUGAAUUUUAGAAGCCUCGUUUUAGUUUUAGUUUUUUUAAAUACCAAAACCCAACUACUGUGUUCCACACAUGGAAUGGGAUACAUAUGUUUUGCUGAAACUGCAUCAUUAUGAUUAGAAAUAAAGAUGUAUUUUAUAUAUUUUUUUUAAUUAUUUUUUUCAUUUAUUGUAAUAAUAUUUGAGAGCAGGAUCUUUAAUAUGUCAUUUCUCCUUAUUGAAUCAACACUCCCUGCAUCAUCCCACCAUCAGUGACCUCAGACUGACCCUGUUCUUUUCGUUCUGUGUGUCAUUUAUGAUAAACAGAUCUGGUGGUGGAUCUGAGAGUUUAGAUGGCUUAUGCUCUGGUUUUAACACUGCAGGGGACGUACAUUAGGGGAUUAGUUAUUGACGCUUCAAAGAUGUCAAAUUAAGGACUUUAAAACUGUUCAUCUACUACCUGAAUCCCUACAUUAUCAGAGCGCUUUCCACUGCUGCAUACAGAUACAAGAGAUUAGAGCAGGGUGAAUGUCUGAACGAUUAAGGCCCUGUUUACACCUGGUGUUAAGAUCAAUCUCAGGCAAGUGGGCAUGGGUGGGAGUGUUUGUGCUAUCUGUGGGUUUAUGCGUGCAAAUUUUGGGUGUUUUGUAUGUUAAUUAAUUGCUGCAAAGUACAAUUUGCUAUUUGCCUGAGAAAUAGGUCAUUGCGCUAAAACGUUGGCGCAGAGUCUAAAGUCAGU